AUUGCGUGUUGUGCGAGUUGGUCCAAUGUCGACGGCGAUUGACUUUGGCGAGGACGACAUUCCGCCCAGCCAGCGGCAACCUUCCCAGCCACAGGAUCAGGCCAACAUGCCCUCCUUAGGCGGCGCGCUGUCUGCCGCCAUGAUGUCUGGACUGGGUCAACAGAUUGCUGGCAAUAUGUGGAGCGCUGGCUCAGAGCAGGCCAAGCAGGCGUAUGGCGCCUAUGCACGAGUCGAUUUACUACGUCCUUACUUUGAUGUCGAGGUGCACCAAGUUCGAGCACGGCUGCUGCGAUCCUUCUUGCCAACCCGACCAUCGCGCGAUGUCGAUCCGGUUCCGACCGAGCUCUACGGGCCUCUCAUGCUCGUAUUCUCGCUCGUGACUGUUCUAUUGUUUGGCAUGAAGCAUUCCGGAACAGAAGUGCGCGAAGGAACCCUCAUGGGCACGGCGCUCGCCAUUUGCUUUGGCUACUGGAUUGGCGGCUCGAGCAUUUACUUUUUCUUUGCUUACAUUUUCAACACGUCGUUGAGUUUCCUCCAAAUACUGUACACGACGGGCUACGGACUGGUCGCAUACUGCGUGUGUCUUCUUGUCGCCACAAUGCUUCCCGGUUCGAACGCAUUCCUUCUCGCCUGGGCAGUGUUAGGCAGUCUGUCUGCAGCCAAAAUGGCUCUUGUAUUUUUCAGCCGCACGGCAGAUCGCAAGCAAGGGCUCAUCGUUGGCUCGGUCGUGUUUGUCAUCCACUGGGUGUACCUCUUCUACCUGUUCCGGGCGUAUCACAUGAUUGUCGGCCCAUGGUGAUUUACUGUACUCUGUUUGAUUGUGCGGCUCGAAGGUGUCGUUGUCGUAAUGAACGAUGAGGACGCUCGUGAAAAAAUAAAAAAAAAAGGUUGACUGUGA